GAUCAACCACCAUGUCCACCCCGAACGACGAGAUCGACACCUCCGAGCCUCCCGUCUCUGUGCCCGACACGGGCGAUGCGGGCGACAGUGGCAAGCUCAAGAUGAUUGUCUCACUCGUCAAGAAGUGCUUUGGAGUGAAGGAUAUCGCGUCAAUGCGACUGUCCCUUCCUGCAUCGCUCCUCGAACCUAUUCCGAAUCUCGAGUAUUGGCAUUAUCUAGACAGGCCGGACCUGUUUGCUGCUAUCAAUGACUCGGACGACGCGUUUGAACGCAUGAUUGCCGUCCUUCGAUUCGCAUUCUCCAAGGACCUCAAGUUCAUUCAUGGCAAAGUCUGCAAACCAUACAACUCUGUCAUCGGGGAACACUUCCGCGCACACUGGGACGUCUUACCAGUGUCGUACCCAGAGGGUAGCCGGCUACAGAUGCCAGUGCAACGCCUCUACCUCGCACCCGCAGCGGCCGAAAGCGUGUACUCGACAGCCGACUCAAGUAGUGUGAAGAGUGGUACCAGCGGAACCAGCGGACUCAGUCGGAAAACCGGCAGCCCAAGGAGCGCGAAUGGACGCUUGUCGAACUCCACGGUAUCAGGUGUCGGCACGCCAACGAACAGUACGCCUGCGACAUCCGCCAUCGAGGAGCAGAUCGAAGCUGAGCUCGAGCAGCUCACGCUCGACCCGAACGCGCCGCAGAAGAUCCUGUCCGCGUCGGAGCGCGAGAGGCUGAAGGGCCUUCCCGGCAACGUGUCGACCUCGUCUGUGCAGCUCAUCGAGGAGGACUCGCCCGUGACGUCUCCGAUGAUCACAGACGGCGAACCACGGCGAUUACGCACAUUGUAUCUGACGGAGCAGAUCUCACAUCACCCGCCUGUGUCCGCUUACCAUGCUGUGUGCCCUACUCGGCGGGUGAGCAUGUGCGGCAUCGACCAGAUCAGCGCUAAGGUCAGCGGGACAACCGUGCGCGUCGCUCCGGGCACACACAACAAGGGUAUCUUCCUGCGAGUUGAGGACCGCAUCAGCGAAGACGGGAAGCCGGAGCGUUACCACAUGUCGCACCCGCCUGCGCACGUGAACGGCAUUCUGCGCGGGAGCUUUUACAUCACCGUCAGCGAGAGCACAUACGUGACGUGCACGGACGGCCCCGGCUGGAUCGUGCCGGGCGGGAAGGACAAGGGCAAGCGUGUCGGUCUGCGCUCCAUCAUCGAUUACAGGGAGGAGAGCUGGAUCGGCAAGGCCAACUUCGCACUCGACGCCGUCGUGCACACGUACGACCUCGACAACCUUGAGGAGGCGCAGGCCUGGACGAAGGUUAAGCAUGUGUCCAAGGAGCGCAUCGUGGCGACGUUCGUCGGCAGCUGGCGGCAUCUGAUCAGGUACAAACUCAACUCGGCAUUCUUCCCCGCCAAGUCGGGAUCGACGCUCAGCCUACCUGCGGAUGAAUGGGUGCCACUUAUCGACCUGUCGAUGUUGUAUCCGAUCCCGAAGCUUGUACGUGAUCUUGACAAGCAGGAGGAGAAGGAGAGCCGGCGGAUGUGGCAGAACGUCACCGACCGGCUGCUGCGGAAGGAGUAUAGCGAGGCGAACAAGUUCAAGCAGGCCAUUGAACAACGGCAGCGGGAGGAGGAAGCAGGAAGGAAGCAGCGGGGUGAGAAGUAUGUGCCGAAAUAUUUCAUCUGGGAUGUUGAGUCCGGGAUGCCCGCCCUCACGGAGGCAGGCGAGAAGGCGCUAGCAGAGGAGAUGACGGAGCAGGCUAUUCACUCGCUAGAGUAAUGCCCCUAGUCUCCUGGCAUUCUGCGCUUGCUACCUGACCCGGCGAUGUUGGUAAUGUGUAAUGUAGCUGACCUUAGAUCGGAGGAUGUAGACGAGGCAGAGGAAGGAACUUUGGAAUCAUCUAAUACACAAGAAUGUCAUCUAGUUCGCACUGCACGCAGUAAUGGUAAUAUAACGACACCGGACAGUUUGGAAUGAAUCGGUAGCCAAUAUAUAGUCCUCACGUUAG